AUGCUGGCGCCAAGUGCGCUAGCGCGUAAGGCGCUGGCGCUUGCUGCGCUGGUGCCUAACGCGCUGGCGCCAAGUGCGCUGGCGCCUAGUGUGCUGGCGCCUAAGGCGCUGGCGCCAGGUGCGCUGGCGCCUGACGCACUGGCGCCAAACGCGCUGGCGCCUAACGUGCUGGCGCCAAGUGCGUUGUCGCCUAAGGCGCUGGAGCCUAAAGUCAUGGCGCCAAGUGUGCUGGUGCCUAGCACGCUGGUGCCUAAGGUGUUUGCUCCGUUGUGUUUUUGGUGCCAAUACCUCUCCAUUAUUAUUUCUGCUCUCUUUCUUUUAGGUGAUGCAUUCCCUGCAUGUUGA